GUCUCCUGCGCCUCCUCGGCCUCGGCGCCCGCCCUCGCGGAGCCCUCCAGCCCGCUGUUGCGCUAUGAGGGCGCCUCUCUGGGGCUGGCCGAGGCCGGAGCCAGAUCGCUCUGCUCGCGGGGAAGUGUGAAGAGAGAGGCGCGGGCGGGAAUCGGGGCUGCGCGCGGCGCUCGCGGGCCGGCUCGGGUUCCAGGUGAGCGCGGGCUCCAGCGUGCCCCGCACUCGGCGGGGCCGGCCGGCGCCUGCCGGGCUGGGUCGGAGGCUGAUUUCCGUGCGUGGACCGCCGUUCCCUCUUCGCUGGAUCCCUGGCCACGAUAGCAGAUGCAUUUUGUAGGAGUAUUUUGAGGAUGAAUGUUUGCAAAUCAUUUUGAAAUUGCCAAGUGCCACAUACAUGGGGUGCAUCCUGCUUUUAUCCUGGAGUUCACCCCUGUGGCUUGGAUUUAUCACAGUCCUGUCUGUCUUCGAUCUCUGUGUUAACUAGAAAUCAAGGAAAGACAUGAGGAGGUUUGUUUACUGCAAGGUGGUUCUAGCCACUUCACUGAUGUGGGUUCUCGUUGAUGUCUUCUUACUCCUAUACUUCAGUGAAUGUAAUAAAUGUGAUGACAAGAAGGAGAGGUCCCUGCUACCUGCACUCAGGGCUGUUAUUUCAAGAAACCAAGAAGGGCCAGGAGAAAUGGGAAAGGCUGUGCUGAUUCCUAAAGAUGACCAGGAGAAAAUGAAAGAACUGUUUAAAAUCAAUCAGUUUAACCUUAUGGCCAGUGAUUUGAUUGCCCUUAACAGAAGUCUGCCGGAUGUAAGAUUAGAAGGAUGCAAGACAAAGGUCUACCCUGAUGAACUUCCAAACACAAGUGUAGUCAUUGUGUUUCAUAAUGAAGCUUGGAGCACUCUUCUUAGAACCGUUUACAGUGUUAUAAAUCGUUCCCCACACUAUCUACUCUCUGAGGUCAUCUUGGUAGAUGAUGCCAGUGAAAGAGAUUUUCUCAAGUUGACAUUAGAGAAUUAUGUGAAAAAUUUAGAAGUGCCGGUAAAAAUUAUUAGAAUGGAAGAGCGCUCUGGGUUAAUACGUGCCCGCCUUCGAGGAGCAGCUGCUUCAAAAGGACAGGUCAUAACUUUUCUCGAUGCACACUGUGAAUGCACUUUAGGAUGGCUGGAGCCCUUGCUGGCAAGAAUAAAGGAAGACAGGAAAACAGUUGUAUGCCCCAUCAUUGAUGUGAUUAGUGAUGAUACCUUUGAAUAUAUGGCUGGGUCAGACAUGACUUAUGGGGGUUUUAACUGGAAACUGAAUUUCCGUUGGUAUCCUGUUCCCCAAAGAGAAAUGGAUAGAAGGAAAGGAGACAGAACAUUACCUGUCAGGACCCCUACUAUGGCUGGUGGCCUAUUUUCUAUUGACAGAAACUACUUUGAAGAGAUAGGAACUUACGAUGCAGGAAUGGAUAUCUGGGGUGGAGAGAAUCUUGAAAUGUCUUUUAGGAUUUGGCAAUGUGGAGGCUCAUUGGAGAUUGUGACUUGCUCCCAUGUUGGUCAUGUUUUUCGGAAGGCAACUCCAUACACUUUCCCUGGUGGCACUGGUCAUGUCAUCAAUAAGAAUAAUAGAAGACUGGCAGAAGUUUGGAUGGAUGAAUUUAAAGAUUUCUUCUAUAUUAUAUCCCCAGGUGUUGUCAAAGUGGAUUAUGGAGAUGUGUCAGUCAGAAAAACACUAAGAGAAAAUCUGAAGUGUAAGCCCUUUUCUUGGUACCUUGAAAACAUCUAUCCGGAUUCCCAGAUCCCAAGACGUUAUUACUCACUUGGCGAGAUAAGAAAUGUUGAAACAAAUCAAUGUUUAGACAACAUGGGCCGCAAGGAAAAUGAAAAAGUGGGUAUAUUCAACUGUCAUGGUAUGGGAGGAAAUCAGGUAUUUUCUUAUACUGCUGACAAAGAAAUCCGAACCGAUGACUUGUGCUUGGAUGUUUCUAGACUCAAUGGACCUGUAAUCAUGUUAAAAUGCCACCAUAUGAGAGGAAAUCAGUUAUGGGAGUAUGAUGCUGAGAGACUCACCUUGAGACAUGUUAACAGUAAUCAAUGUCUAGAUGAACCUUCUGAAGAAGACAAAAUGGUGCCUACCAUGCAGGACUGUAGUGGAAGCAGAUCUCAACAAUGGCUGCUAAGGAACAUGACUCUGGGGGCAUGAAGACCAUUUCCCCUAAGCCAUGAAAGUGUCUACACUUAUGUUUUUCCAUUAUUCCAAUUAGGGAAAAAUAUUAACUUUGUUGAAUUGAAAGUUUUAAAAUCCUUUUAGUAUUCUAAAAUACAGUUGUUUAUAAUUCAUUUCUAGGAAUGCUCGCUUAUUUCCCUACUAAAAUUUGUAUCUAAUUAAAAAGCACAUAAAAAGAAUAAAUAACAGCACCUGUUAUUAAACAUCA